AUGCCACUGAAAGCAAAUCACAUCGUUGAUGAACCACAUAAAAUAGGGCCGAAAGAAGGACAGCGAUACAAGUUACUACUACUAUUUGCUGCAGCUGUUGUCGUAGUGUUCGUCAUCGUAGUAUUGCACUCAACAGCCGACACAGAUGAAAGCGACGAAAUGUUCAAGUUCACAAAACCGUCUGAUAAAGAAUUGGAAAAAGUUAAGGAAAGCUAUAAGAAGCAGGAAAUAAAUUUGGAAAAGGAUGGAUCCAAACUCGAUAACAUCGAUGAUAUCAAAGCAAAUAACUCUGGGCUCCUACCACCACGACGGUUUUCCGGCACCACAGCGGAACAGAUGUGCCAAUCUGGCAUGGCAGGUUGCGUCCAACGUUUUGCCAGGAUUCAACCUCUCAUUGUGGUAACGAUAUAUCUAACAUUAUAG